GUCGCGUCUGGGACGGCAUCAGUCGCCUCCUCUCGCAGCAUCCACAGCACGCACGCAGCAUGAGGACGACUGCGCUGGUGUACCUCACCGCCGUGCUUCUGGCAUCGGCCAUAGCUGAGGAUGCUGCAAAGAAGGACAUCUCAAAGAAGGACAAGCGCGGUAUUCUCUACGGAGGACUCGGUCUGGGAGGUAUCGGAGGAGGCGGCAUCGGCGGAGGCUACGGCUACGGUGGAGGCCUCGGUGGCGGUUACGGAGGCAGCUACGGCUACGGUGGCGGCAUCAGUAGCGGCUAUGGAGGAAUCAGCGGUGGCUACGGAGGAAUCAGCGGUGGCUACGGAGGAAUCAGCGGUGGCUACGGAGGAAUCAGCGGUGGCUACAGAGGAAUCAGCGGUGGCUAUGGAGGAAUCAGCAGUGGAUACGGAUACGGUGGUGGUAUCGGCCUCGGUUCAGGCAGUAUCGGAUUGAGCUCUGGCGGGAUUGGCCUCGGUGGAGGUGCUGGUGGGAUCGGCGGAGGCUCCAUCGGACUUGCAUCAGGUGGGGCUGGCAUCGGCUCCCUUGGAGGUGGCCUCGGUGGUGCCGGAAUCGGCAUCGGGUCAGGAGUGGGGGCCGUAGCGGUCGCUCCAACCCAGACGGUGGUCCAGACCGUCGCGGUUCCUGAACCUCGGCCCGUGCCUGUUCCAGUAGAUCGCCCAGUGCCUGUCCCCCAGCCCGUUCCAGUUCCAGUCAGCCGCCCUGUACCCGUCCCCCAGCCGUACCCCGUCCACGUGCCCCACCCGGUCCCCGUUCCAGUCAGCCGGCCAGUCCCCGUUCCAGUGAGCCGUCCCAUUCCAGUGCCCAUCUCGCGCCCCGUCCCUGUUCCCGUGCCCCAGCCGUACCCCGUGCGAGUGCCCCACCCAGUUCCAGUCGGGGUCCCUCAACCCUACCCCGUGACUGUCCCUGAACCACGACCUGUUCCAGUCCCCGUUCCUGUAUCGACUGGAGUCUCCUCUGUCGGCCUCGGAAGUGGAAUUGCUUCCGGAGGAUCCUUCGCCGGUGGUUCUGGAAUAGCAUCUGCUGGCCUCGUCAGUGGAGCUGUGUCAUCUGGCAUCUCCGGUGGAAUCAUCUCGUCCGGUAGUUCCCUGGGUGGUGGAUACGGCGGUGGAUACGGCGGUGGAUACGGUGGUGGAUACGGCGGUGGAUACGGGGGCUCUUAUGGCUAUGGCGGUGGAUACGGUGGUGGCUACGCAUCUGGAGGGGUGAUCUCCUCUGGCAUCGGUAGCAGCAUCAGUGGUGGAAGCCUUUCAAGCGGCCUCUCCGGUGGCUACGGAUAUGGUGGUGGCUACAGCAGCCAUGCUAAGGUCUGGUAAGGUGCCGGCCAAGCUGCAGUCUCACAGUUGAGGGUCAUCCAGAUUGUUCCACUUCAUCCUCCCCAUGACCAUCGAACCACCUGUAGUAUCAAAGCAACUUAGUAGUCUCCAUUGGCCCAUCCUUCACAAACAGUGAGAGAGAGAAUUGACAUUUGGUCGUAGGAAAGGGCUUCAGAUCUCAGAAACAGAUGGAAGCAGCUUUCUUUUACUAAAAUCGUGCUGUGAUACCAACUACGGAUAACGAAUGUCAAUUCUUGCGGCUGUUUCCUUAGCCCAUUAUUACAUGUACUCAUUAUGUGUGAUCAUGUCAUCUCCACGCUCUUCUCAUAUGUAUACGUUUUCUUAGCACAAUCAAACCCUUUCUUCUGUAUUUUAGACAUUUCCUAUAUUUUUUGUAUUGAAACUUAAUCAAUAUGUUGUUCUAUGACUGAAUAAAUAUAUAUUUUUUUAUUGAA